AUGACAAACUCAGAAGAUACCGAGCCAAAGCGCGCUCCUGCUCCUCAUCCAUACGAUGACCCUCCUCUCUCCUGGUGGGAAAUAUUCAGAUGUUCUUUCCCUGCCUCUGGAGGUUUUCUCUUCGGCUAUGAUGCUGGUUAUAUUAACGGAUGUCUUGGAAGUAAGUUUUUGCUCUUCUCCCACUUGCUUGCCCCAGUGUUCCGUUUUUUCCCUUGAGCACUUGGUUCCCCCUUUAUACACAAUUGUUUCAUUCAACAGUGAUAAACGUACAUAUACUGAUCGAAUCUUACCAACAGUGGAUUAUUUCAAAUUGGCUUAUGGCGAACCAUCAAAUGACCCUCUAGGUUUCCAGGGUUACAUGUAUCCCACAUGGGCCAAAUCUGUUAUAACUUCCCUCCUUUCCGUCGGUACCUUCCUCGGUGCCCUAGCCUCCGGCUACUUCUCCGAUAAAUUCGGUCGUCGUAACACUAUCCUCAUCGGUUGCGUUAUCUACUGUGUCGGUGUCGUUCUUCAAGUGGCUCAUCCAUCCAUUGCUCUACUAUCCGCCGGUCGUACCAUCGCUGGUUUAGGUAUCGGUUUCGUAUCCGCCAAUAUCGUUGCCUUUCAAACCGAAAUUUGCCCCAAGAAGAUUCGAGGUCCCUGUAUUAGCGUGUAUCAAUUUGGUAUUACGAUAGGAUUACUCAUUGCCUCGGGUGUUAAUCAGGCUACCAAGAAAAUUCAGAGCAAUGCCUCGUUCCAGAUCCCUAUUGGCUUGCAAUUUGUCUUUGCGGCUUUCCUGUUUUCAGGUUUGUGGUUGAUGCUUCCGGAAUCCCCAAGAUGGUUUAUCUCCAAGGGAAGAAGGGAUGAAGCUAAGCAUGCCUUGAUGAUAAUGCGUGGACGCAGAGAUUACGAUCCUUAUCUGGAAAGAGAGUUUGAUGUUAUGCUAGAAGAGACGAGGGAAGAGAUGGAAAAUGCAAAGGGUGGAUGGAGAGAUCUUUUCACUGGAGGUUUCAAAUGUGGAAGCAAUCUUUAUAGAACUUUUAUCGGUACUACCGUGCAAAUGAUGCAACAAUUAAGUAUGCUCUCCCUACCUUAUACGUGAUUAGAAAUUAUCACUAACUAUUUUAUAGCCGGUGUUAAUUUCAUCUUCUACUAUGGUACCACAUAUUUCGCACAAGUCGGAUUAACGGGCGCUUUCCUCCUGUCUACCAUCACAAACGUCGGUAAGUAACUUUUACUCCACAACACAUCUUCGUGAUACUUUAACUAACAUAACCCAGUCAAUGUUCUCUCAACCCCAGUUUCCUUCUGGAGUAUCGAGCGUUUCGGCAGACGCCCCCUCCUCAUCUAUGGCGCCAUCUGUAUGGCAGUAUGUGAAUUCAUCAUCGCCAUCGUCGGCAGCGUACUCUCCGAAAACAAAGCCGCUCAAUGGGUCCUCUUCGCCUUCGUCUGCGUGCACAUUUUCUUUUUCGCCAGUACCUGGGGUCCUACCGGCUGGGCCGUAUCAGGGGAGAUGUUCCCCCUAGCUCUCCGCGGUCGUGGAAUCGCUCUCAGUACUGCCUCAAACUGGCUUUGGAAUUUCGUAAUCGCAUUCGUGACACCUUAUUUAGUGGGCGAAGAAAAUGCCAAUUUAGAAGCCAAAGUUUUCUAUAUCUUUGGAGGUACUUGUGCUAUUUCUGCCGUGUUUGCUUACUUCUUUAUCUAUGAAACCAAAGGACAAUCGCUGGAAUCUAUUGAUCGCAUGUGUGCGGAUCCUGUAGGCAAGAUUCCUAGGAAGAGUGCGGCGUGGGCAAAGAGGAGAACGGGUGCUGCUGGUAUGGAUACGGCGGAUACAGCGGAUUCGACGGGUGCGUAUUAUGGAUCUAGAGAAGAUAUGAUGAACUAUGAGGCUGUAGCGGAUGUUGAGGCUGGAGCUCCACGGGUGAGGCAGAGAUUGAGUGAUUCGGAAGCUGGGGGUUCGCCCCCUUCGAAUCGGUAUGUUUUUUUCUUUUUAUUAAAUUUUUUUUUUUUGGUUUUGCCCUUUGCUUCUGUUCUCUUCAUCUCAUUCUACUAUUGUAAUUUCUCUCUCAUACAUCUUCCACUCCUCAUUCCCUCUUUUCCGCACUAAACCCUCUCCAAGAUAUAAUUAUAAUCUUACAGUUACUAACCUCCAAUGCAGUUGCAGUUCCAAAGAAGGACCAACAGCACAAACGGUUGAGACAGCCGCGAGACAGAGAAGACAAUAAAUAA